ACAAAAGUAGGGCUAUGUGUUUUUCAAAGUAAGAGUUCCUGCACAAAAUCUUGAUUGUGUCAAAUUCACAGAAGGAAAAAAUGAACUAAGCAACACAGUUUUCUUUCUUCCCCUCCUCCUCCUCCUCACAAGACUGUGUUUACAUCCGAAAAGAAAGAAGAAGAAGGAAAAAAAGCGAGUGGAGCCAGCCUGAACGCGAUCUCCUGCGCAGCGAGGGGGGGCCGGAGUCCUGCAGAAACCUGAUCCGCAUCGGGCCCUUUAAAGGAAUAUGGGAUGAGUCUGUUGAAUGGAGCUCACAGGGAAGUCCCACUGAGGAGCACCGCGACGGACCAGCGAGCAGCAGCAACGGGACCGGCACUGGGACCACGACCGGGACCCGGGGGACUCAGGACUCCUCCAGACAUGAACCACUGCGCGUGCGCGAGAGAAGAAACGCAAGGAUAUUAGAAGAGGAAUGAAAAACGGAGAGGAAGUUAUGAGCCGAGUUGCGACGAACUAUCGGGGAAGGUGCCCGUGAGCGGAGAGAGCCGACUGGAAGGGGAGGAGGAGGAGGAGAGGCAGCACAGUCACAAGCGGGAGUCUUGAGUCCGGAGGCGGAGCCCCCCAGGCAUGGCCGACGUGCUGGAGAGCGGCGGCGGCGGCGUUGGAGGCGGCGGGUCCGGUGACGUGCGAGAGGCCGGCGUGGACUGGCAGAAGCGCUGCAUCGCUCUGGAGAUGCAGCUGCUGAGGUUCCGGCUGCAGGCCGGGAACAUCCGAGAGCUGCUGGCAGAGAAGAUGCAGGAGCUGGAGCAGAGAGUGACGGAGGCUGACCAGCGUGCCGAGGGUGCUGAGAAACAGAUCCACGUCAUGGAAGAGAAGCUGAAGUCGGCGAACAUUCAAACCAGCGAGACGGAGAGCUCGUUGUACAGGAGGUACCACGAGCUGACCCACCGGGUCCAAGAGAAGGACGCCGCGAUAAAGAGGUUAGAGGCGCAGCUGGAAAAACAGAUCUUCGUCAGGGCCCAGGAGGCGAAGAUUAUUGAGGAGAAGGCAGCCAAGAUUAAAGACUGGGUCACCUUCAAGCUCAAAGAGAUGGAGCAAGAGAACCAGCAGCUGAAAGUGUCCAACCUGAAGCAGACGGAGCAGAUCAUGUUGCUGCAGGACAAACUACAAGCCCUCCUGGAGAAACCCGCCUCCUCCCCGGUCACAGACGCCCACCUGGUGCCCAGCAGCCCGCUGUUCCCUCCCAGCUGCCCCGGCACGCCGCCGGCCCAGGACGACGGCUGGAGGCCCCGAGGGGCCCCGAAUGCCAAGACCCUGCAGACAGACGUGAAACGGGCUCCUGAGCCGUCCGGUAAGGGCAUCUGUCUCGGGGACCUCGCGGCCCACAAUGCUCUCUCUCAGGCUCGGAGCAGGGAGGGUCCCGGCGGCCCGGUUCCCACCAGCGCCCCGGGGCCCCCGGAGGGUCCGUCCGGGUCCUCCGACCAAGACAACUCCUCCGACGAGCUCAACAGCAAGUUCCGCUCGCAGUGCCUCCACUCGUCCUCCUCCUCCUCGUCUUCGUCCUCCGCCUACGAGACGGCCCGCGGGGGGCCGAGCUCCCCGGAGUCGUCCCUCGGCGCGACCCCCAAAAGCCCGCUGCUGUCGCGCUCGCCCUCCACCAACAACCCCUUCCCCAACCCCGCGGCCCACCGGUCGGGCGCCGGCACGACGCUCCCCAAGGUGCGCACACCGCUCACCCCCAGGGACGGCGUCCAGCUGGUGAAGAAGCACGACGGCCAGCCGCAGCCCGGCCCGGAGCCGUCCUCCGCCUGCUCCACCCUCAAGAGCGCGGGCACCACCGCCGGCGCCUCCUCGCAAUUCCCGCAGGUGGUGGAGGAGACGGACAUCGACGACGGGCUCCCCAACGGCAUGGAGGGCCUGGCGGAGGGCCCGGGGUCAGAGGAGCCGCGCCGCAACGGGGUCUCCCUCGUGGGACCGGCGGAGCAGCUGGGUCCACCGCCAACGCCGCCGUUGCACCGCUUCCCUUCGUGGGAGAGUCGGAUCUACGCCGUGGCCAAGUCAGGAAUGAGAGUAUCCGAGGCCAGUCCUGGAGUCAGGGGCCCCGGACGAGUCUCAGGGUCCUACUUCCCCCAGUACCCAGCGGCCGGUCCGUUCCCCCAGCUGGUCUACAAGAACAUCAACGUGCCGGUCUACACCACGCUGAGAGGGAAAGCCACUCAGAUCAGCAGCGUUCCUCUCCAAGACGAUGACUCCGGGUCAGAGGACGACAGCAGCUCCCUGGCCAGCUUACGGACCUCCGUCCUGCUGCCGGACAGGAAGGGCGGCGUGUCGGGGAGCCCGCGGGCCGCCAAGAGAGGCGUGUCCGUGUCCUCCGUCAGCUCAGAGAGUGAUUACGCCAUCCCCCCCGACGCCUACUCCCUGGACAGCGACUACUCGGAACCGGAGCACAAAGUCCAGCGGACCUCCUCCUAUUCCUGCGAGAGCACCGGGCCCGAGAUGCUGGAGAAGUCGGGGUACCUGCUGAAGAUGGGCAGCCAGGUGAAAGCCUGGAAGCGCCGCUGGUUCAUCCUGAGGAACGGAGAGAUCCUCUACUACAAAUCCCCCAGUGACGUCAUCAGGAAGCCUCAGGGUCAGAUCGAGCUGAACUCGUCCUGCCGUAUACUUCGUGGAGAGGGAGCGCAGACAUUUCAACUGAUUACGGAGAAGAAGACCUUCUAUCUGACGGCCGACUCGCCCAACAUCCUGGAGGAGUGGAUCAGGGUCCUGCAGAACAUCCUCAAGGUCCAGGCCAGCAGCCCGGUUACCGUGGAGACCGCCGCCAAGCCCACCAUGAGGGGCUGGCUCACAAAGGUCAAACACGGACACUCCAAGCUGCUGUGGUGCUCGCUGGUGGGGAAGGUCUUCUACUACUAUAGGAACCAGGAAGACAAGCUGCCUCUGGGUCAGCUGCAGGUGCGCGAGGCCUCGGUGAAGGAGGUGGACCGCUCCUGCGACUCGGACGAGGACUACGAGGCGGGCGGGCGGGGUUUCCUCUCGUCCCACUGCACCGUGGCGGUCCAGCCGAGGGGCCAGAGCCCCACCUACAUGCUCAUCGGCACCAAGCAGGAGAAGGACACGUGGCUGUAUCACCUGACUGUGGCGGCGGGGAGCUGCGCGACCUUCAGAGUGGGAACGGAGUGCGAGCAGCUCAUCGGUAAACUCCUCGAUGCGGAGGGAGACCCAGAAUGUGCCUUGUGGAGGAGCGAGGCCCUGAGCUGCUGUAAGGAGGGCCUGCGUUCUCCUCUCACCACUCUGCCCUCUGAAGCUCUGCAGACAGAAGCUCUCAAGCUCUUUAAGUCCUGCCAGCUCUUCAUCAACGUGCUGGUGGAAUCUCCGUCCGUCGACUACCACACCUCGCUGGCCCAGAAUGCAUUGCAGGUGUGCCUGACCCACCCGGAGCUGCAGAACGAGGUGUACUGUCAGCUGAUCAGGCAGACCAACCGCCGCACGCCGCACAACUACUCCCUCACGCAGUGCUGGCAGCUGCUGUCCCUGUGUGUGGCGCUGUUCCUCCCUCAACAACACUUCCUCUGGUACCUGAGACAAUACCUGCAGCGCAACGCCGACCCGCGGAGCGAGGUGGGGAAGUACGCCGUGUACUGCCAGAGGUCCGUGGAGCGGACGCUGCAGAACGGGGAGCGGGAGGCCAAACCGUCCCGCAUGGAGAUCGUCUCCAUCCUGCUGAGGAACCCCUACCACCACUCGCUGCCCUUCAGCAUCCCGGUGCACUUCGUCAACAACACGUACCAGGUGGUGGGCUUCGACGGCUCCACCACGGUGGAGGAGUUCCUCAACAUGCUGAAUCAGAGGAUCGGCGCCAGGAAGCCUCAGCUGUCCGGGUUCGCUCUCUUCAGCGACGAUCCGUCCGGCAAAGACCUGGAGCACUGCCUGCAGCCAUCUGCCAAGAUCUGUGAUGUCAUUUCCAAAUGGGAGCAGGCCCUGAAAGAGUUGCAUCCUGGGAAGAACGAGGGCACGCGGAUUGUGCGUCUGACGUACAAAAGCAGGUUGUGUUUCAGAUCUCAGGUGAAAGGGGAGACGGAGCGAGAGCGCCUCCUGCUGGCGUACCAGCUGAACGACGAGGUCCAGCGGGGCCGCUUCCCCGUGAACAAGGAGCUGGCUCUGGAGGUCGCCGCCCUCAUGGCGCAGGUGGAACACGGAGACCUGGAGAGACCGGCCGCCUCCUCCUCUUCCUCUCCGACCGGCUCCCCUCAGCCCAAAGCACAGCUGAUUCUCCUGCAGGCCUUGGAGCGCUUCUACCCCAAACGCUACCGACAGGACUGCAGCGCGGAGCAGCUCAGGGAUCUUACUGAGCGUCUGGCCACGAAGUGGUCCAUGCUUCGUGGCUGCAGUGCACCCGAGUGUGUGAGGAUCUACCUCACGGUGGCUCGCAAGUGGCCCCUCUUUGGAGCCAGACUCUUCAGCGCCAAGCCGCUGCCCCCGUCCCCCGUGGAGCAGAGCCAGGUGUGGCUGGCGGUCAACGAGGACGGAGUGUGUGUGCUGGACUACGCCAUGCACACGCUCGCCACGCACUCCUACCAGUCCGUCAUCACCUUCGGCGGUUGCCGUGACGACUUCAUGGUGGUGACGAGCCAGCAGCGGGAGCCCGGAGGAGGGAGGAAGAGCGCGGAGAAGCAGGUCUACGCCAUGGCCAAGCCCAAGAUCCUGGAGCUCACUCUGCUCAUGGCGAGCUACAUCAACCACUGGAACCUCGGCCUCCCAUUGGCCGCCUCGCUGCAGCCGCCCGGCCAAUGGGACGUGGACAGCAAACACUUCCCCGCCAUGAACUACACCACCAAGGGCCCCACGCUGCUGUGAACCAGCCACACGGGGGACGGACGGUGCCUAUUCUGAUUAUUAUUAUUUUAAUUUUUUUAUGAAACAUCAGCUCCGGGUCUUUUGAGACUAUAUAUUUCUACAACAGAUGAGUGUUUCAAACUCUGCUCUCUUAAGAUUUCAGGGUUCAAAUUCUUAUUUUUUUAAACACAGACGUGGUCUGAGGAUACAUGCAGCGGGAUGUUUCAGAUCUUUUCAUAUUUUCUAGUUUUUCAGAGCUUCUGGUUUGACUGGAAUACGCCAUUGUGUGUGUGUGUGUGUGUGUGUGUCGGUCGCUGUCUUUUUUUUACCGCCCCAUGUGAUCACUCGUAAUUAGCAAUAAACCAGCAUUUAAAUUCCUCCACGAGGUCUUCUGUGCAAUUAGAAAUGUCAUGUGAUACUUUUCAGCCUCUUGAUUGGCUAAUAAUCCACAUGUAAGAAUUUAGAGAUUCCUUACAUUUUUAUUAUAGAUUCAUUUGAUGAUUAUUUUCUCAAUUGAUUAAUUCCUUUGGUCCAUGGACCAUGUCAGAAAACAGAAAAGUUGACAUACACAUGAGUUUUUUUUCUGAAGGCGAAUCCUGGUCCUCGGAAACACUUCCACUAUUGUCCACAAGGGGCGCCAGAAUCACCAACAAAUGAAAGUCCCUUGUCUUAGCUUUAGUUUUAAUUUCGUAGAAGCUUUCAAAAAAAGAUCAAAUGUUUAAAGAAAAAAUACUUAAAUGAUGAAUCUAAUAAUGAACGAAAAAGAAUCAAUCAAUUAAUUUAAGGUUUUUCUCAUUAAAAAAGGUGCAGGACAGUUUUUACCACGUAAAAAUAAAUAUCUAAGAACAUUUUUAUAAUCCUUUUCUAUUAGUUUCUCUUUUUUUUUAAAGAUAAUUAAUAUUUAGCUCACAUGUGGUCUGUUAUUGUUGUGAUGUUAUGAGGAAAACAAUAACACAAUGGGGGGGGGGGGGGGGUGAUGCACUGUAUGAGUAAUCUGUGAAAGGUGAGCAGUGCAACAUUUAAGGCAUCGAGAUUAUUAAUUAUUAAUUAUUAAUUAUUAAUUCAUUGUUUAAUAAACAAACAAAAAGGAAAAAAGACUUGAACUGUUUUGGAUCGAACCACUUGUGUGUCCAUAUUAGUUUAUUUAUGUUUACGCCCAAAAUUAUUAUGUUUUGCUCACAAAGGUAAAGUUUUCCACAACUAUCACGUUUAUAUUGGAAAAAGUCCUUUAUGUAGUAAUUUAAGGGUGUGUUUGGAUAUCUGUCCUCGAAUGUGUUCAUGUGUUUCUGUGUGUGUGUGUGUGUGUGUGAUGUUAGAAUAAACGGUACGAUCCCGUGUUCCUGUGUGAUUCCUUACUUAAUCUAGUAUAGAAAUAUGCAUAAAUAUGUAAAAUAUUAAUAUACAUGUGUGAAUAAUGCAAACUUGCAUAUGAAAUAAAUUGCCAUUAUGGUCCACAA